CUUUUUGAUAUCAGACAUCCCUAGCAUCCGUCCGUACCUUAUAUCAUAUAUCAUCGUCCGUUGUUGCCCUACUGUUUCGCCGCCGAGAGUCAUCUCUUGAGGAGAAAUGGCGAUCAUCAAUCAAGACAUGAUGCCGCCAGUCCCUCCCAUGCAUCAUCCACCCGGUCAUCCGACCGUUCAUCCAAAUGAGGCACCUCGGGUCUUUCAUCCUCAAACUUCUACUCCCAUCGACCCCACACAUCUGGCUGACGAGAUGGCCCGCCUUCGUAUGAACGUCAACGAUCUCGCUGCCGGCAAUGACCAGAAAACCCGAAGCUUCACCCCUCACAAGGACUUUGAGGUACGGGUGCCGGCGCACUACGUGGGAUAUACUUUCUUCAAGGCCGACGUGCCUGCCGGCCAAAAGCCCACGUGGAGUCAUGUCGAGAGAACCAGAAUGCACUUGACUCAACUCGACCUCGCCAAGAUAGUCCAGAGACGAGGCAAGAAGCUGCCCAGUGCGCAGCAGUACCAGGCAUUGAAGAAGCCGAGGCGGACACAUGUGGAUCAGUUGAUCAACGAGCACCGACAAAGCGACCCUCGGUUCGAAUGGACCUGCGUCUAUGUCAACGAAGAAGAAAGGCCCUUCAAAGGGAAGAAUUCUCGAUGGGGUGAUUACGAGACCGUCUCGAUGGACGUCAUCCUCAUGAGAAAGCCCAUGGACACGGCAAACCUCACCCCUAAGACUCCUAACAUGGGAGCUGAGAACUCGGGGUUGCCGUUCACAGCCAAGGACAAGCCCACAACUAAUGUGGAAGAGCUGUUGGCUCGUGAUGAGCCGAAACAAGUGAACCGAGACUUCAUGAAGAGCGCGUCAUGGGCAAUGCCCGGUAUGCAGCAGGGGCAGACACCCGGGAUGGUUCACCACGCCGCUCAACAGCAGCUACCGCCACAGUUUCAGCAGCAAAUGCCACCACAUGCUCAACUCAACCAUCCCCAAGCAAACCUUGCAGGUGCACGACCACAGGUGAACCAGGCUCACCAAAAUCCGCUGCAACAAGGUAUGGCGGCUGGUGUCCACCAGCAGCCACACCACCAGCAGUCACAGUUUCAUGACAAUGCCAAAUCGGUCCCUAGCAAAGGCCCGGAGAUCGAGAUCUUACAACACGGCAUGGGCGGCUUUCCCGCGGGCAUGAAUAUGAACAUGAACGCACAUCGUCAGGCACAAGGACAUAACCCCGCCCAGAAUCCGUUUGGCCAGCCUUUAAAUCAACAAUGCCCAGGGAAGGAGAACUUUGCCCAUCGGGUCAACACCGCCCAAGGAGGUAUGCCUGCUCAGGUAGAGAUCCCUCGUCAAGGUGGCAUUCCUCACCAGGGAGGCAUCCCCGGUCAUGGAACCAUUCCAGCUCACGCCGGCAUCCAAACUCACAGAGCUGUCCCAACCCACGCAGCCAUACCUCGGGCCCCAAACGCGCCAGAAGCGGAGCCAGAAUGGGGGCCGGAAACCAGCAGCAUCGGCGACGACGAGUCAAUAAUCUUUGACGACGAGGAUGUCAGCUCAAUCACCGACGGCUCUGAGGAGGAAGAAGGACAUGAAGGCGAUGCCGACCUGCACGGAAAGGGGCAACCCUGGCGCGGAAGUCUCUUUCGGCGACACUCGUCCAAGUCUCGACGCCAAGAACCAGUUUACCGAACGCAUUAUCGAAAGCAUUCCAAGAAUGGCAUGGAGGCCAGGAACGGGCGCACCAAGUACCCGGCCGGAUACAUCGAUGUGGUCCCGGCGGAGAGCAAAAACAGCAGCAAUCGGCUGUCGAAGGUUCACGCUCGGGAAGUCGCCCGACCAUCCCGGGAUCGGCCGAAGAUUAUCCAUAGCGCGUCGGACAACCUCGACAUGGUGGCCUUUGACGAAAAGUAUCGCGGGCUGCGGGCCCGCAAUGACAUUCGAACCCGAAUUCUGGACGACCGCGAAGCGAGAGUCGAGCGCCGGGAGAAAUUGGUCGACUACCGGACGCAAAUGCUGGAUGACCGGCUUGACGAGGCCCGUUACCUGGAUCGACGCAUGUCCCUGCGAGAGAGGGGUCCUUACUAUCCUCGGGGGUACUAUCUACGAGACGAUCUGUAACUGUUUCCUAUUUUCCCUUUUUCAUCUUUUUUCUUUUUUAAUUUCCCUCAUCUUGGAGCUUUCUUGGUUGGUUUCCGGCGCGGAUGGGGUUGGGUUGGUGGGUAAACAGGAAUAACGUCAUGGGACGACGGACAUGUAUACUUUCGGCACUCUAAUAAAAAAUGCGAUGCAAUGAGAUACGAACAUUGAAA